GUCGAACACGCGGCCUUCAGAUCUUCAGUCUGACGCUCUCCCAACUGAGCUAUCCCCGCACUUGAAUUUGCCUUCUUUUACAUACAUCUUCCAUUUUUAUUUUCUAGUUGGGGUGCCAAGCUCCAAUUCUUCAUCCUUCUGCAGACGCGGUAGAGGAUGAGAUUCCUGCUAGCUCCGAUCCAUAUUAAUGGCCCUUCAAAUGUACAUUCUCAAUUACUCAGAAACAGAUCAGACAGAGAGAGUGUGAGAGAAAAACAUAGAAAGAGAGAUGGCUUGUGUUGCAUUGGCUUCUCUAAUGGCAACAAUCGACCUUGAGUUCCGAAAACGAAACCACAGAGUGUCUCUUCCUGAUGAAAAGCCAUUGAAUUCUCUGUUUGAGAAGCUUUCUUCUUUGCAAGCCUUUCUGCAGAAGGAAUACAACAACGGUGGUGCUCCAGUCCGUCAUCUGGAAAUCAAAAUCAGAGACUUUGCGCUCAAAGCUGAAGAUGACAUUGAGAUACAACUAAGAAGCUUUCUUCUAGCCCAAGACGGAGAGUGUCAAGCCAAAGCUCGUGGGGAACUCCAUCAAAGCUUGCAAAAAGCAGCAGAAGAUGCAGAAGAGCUGUCCAAGAUUAUCAACAACAGCAAAAGCAGUGAACCCGAAGCGGCCAUGGCCAUUGAAACUCAUCCAUCCAUUCAUUGGUUGAAACCUGAGAAUGUUGUGUUGAGUGGACCAUAUUCGCCAUGCUCUCCAAAUCUUGAGGAUCAAUUUAACGAAGAAGCCUUCAAUGCGGUAGAAAAGAUGUUAUUCCAUACCUUUGAGCGAAAAAACAUAGUUUCAAUUGUAGGAUUGCCAGGUGUUGGCAAGACUACUUUGGCUAAAAGAGUGUAUGGCUUCCAGAGAAGGCAGCUAAAUGUUAUGUUCGAGCUUGGGUUACUAUGCCUCAAGAGUACAAGGGAAACACUCUUUCUCAACUAAAAGAGAAAUUACACAAGCACUUCGGAGGUAGUCAUCAGAAGAAGUAUUUUCUUGUUUUGGAUAAUAUACCAAACACCCGAGCUUUGGGUGAUAUCCUAAAAUGUCUUCCUAAUGAUUCACUACAAAUCCAUAUAUUGCUGACCACUCAGUUCAAUACUGUUGGUAGCGAUGCUGCCACAUUUGGUAAUGUGCAUAAAAUGUGCAUAUUAGAUCCAAACAGAAGUUGGGAUCUAUUUUGCAAGAAACUCUCUCCCAAAGAGCUUAGAGCACCGAAGUUUGUAGAAAUUGCCCAACAUGUUGUGAAGGAAUGCGAAGGGUUGCCACGGUCAAUUGUUGCAGUUGCAGAGCGUUUGUCUAAAUGCAGUUACAAUUUAAAGGAAUGGAAGAAGAUUGAAAAGGAAGUCGAGACAUUGGGACCUCUAUACAAUGAUGCCGAGCACUUAAGUAAGCUUACUCUAUCUUACAAUCAAUUGCCACAGCAUGAAAGUUUGUUUUUUAUAUUUUGCAAUCUAUCCAAAA